GUAAAUUUCGAACAAUCACCAAUUCAAUUAGCUCUCUUGCUUGUGCAUAAAAUGAAAUUACAAAUGCUAUUUGAUUAAGCGAAAUAAAACUGAUUUAUUCUACGUACCGUGUGCCGAAUAUUAAUUAAAAUGGAGAACAUAGUCUUGAUAACUGUUUACAUUGUCUCACUGAAUCCAGUGCAGAGUCAGUUUUCUAUGAACAUGGGAAUGCAACCAGAUGUAAGAUUCGAUGAUCGUAACGAUAGAUACGAUGUUGCCAGCAUCAUCCGACAUCAAAACAAAAUGUAUAAGCAAGACGCUUACGACCCACAAUCCGAAGAGAAUCACGACUAUAGGCGAAAAGGUAGAAUGUCUAGAUUGAAAUCAAGUAAAAGAAGAAACAAGUUACUAAAAGAAAUCAAGGAGGCACAGAAUUAUCAGAUCAACCGCGUCGUGAAUGAUGCUCUUCUUAAAAUCAAAUCUAUGAGGAGGGAUUUUGCUUACCAUGAUGAAAUGAUCAGUGACGGAGUAGAUACCAAGGAAUACGAACUAAAUUUGAAAAAAUUCAAGUCCGGUACUGAAGAAAAUGCAGGGAAGGAUAAUGUAAAUAUUUUAAACAAUUCAGUAAGUGAUUUGAGACGAAAAGGAAGUUCUGGGGAAGUCUUAAUGCAUUAUUCAUUUCCAAUAAACGUUCGGAUUAAAGGAUUUUUACAACAACCAUCUUGAAAUUAAAAAUUAUGUA